UGAGGAAGCGGAGGGAGCCGUGGAGUUGCUCUGCAUAUAAAUGAGCCGGGAGCAAGGGCAGCGGGAGCUGUUUUAAAAGAGGACAAGGGGAGGAAAGCGGCAGAGCGCAGGCAGCGCGCAGGCGGCAGCAGGCAGAGCGCAGGCGGCAGCUCCGCUCUUCGCUGGCCUCUCCCCGGUGACACCCAGCCCCGGGGACAAGGGGAAUCGGGGGGACGAGCCCGAAGCGAGCAAACCCCUGAAAAUCCCCAGCGUCUCUUUAGGUACCUCGCUGCCUCACCAUGAAGCUCCUGACAGCAGCUUUGCUUCUGCUGUUCAUCGCCAUGUGCUUCGCCAGCGCGGAAGGCGUAAAGUGCAAGUGUUCAAGGAAGGGUCCUAAAAUAAGAUUCUCUAACGUACGGAAGCUGGAAAUAAAACCGAGGUACCCGUUUUGCGUGGAAGAGAUGAUUAUCGUGACUCUGUGGACGCGGGUGAGAGGAGAGCAGCAGCACUGCUUAAACCCCAAACGCCAAAACACAGUGAGGCUGCUGAAGUGGUACAGAGUAUGGAAAGAGAAAGGCAGGGUUUAUGAAGAAUAAGAGGAAUCGGCGUGAGGAAUGGAGCAGACUCCCUUGGCUGGCAUAGGACUGGACUCUGCAGAAGAUUCUUUCUCUCUCACAGACAUAAGACACAAAUUCUAUAUUAUUAUAAAGCACUUUUUACCAAGGGUCAGUUUUUACAUUUUAUAGCCGCGUGCAAAAGGCUUCCAGAUUUCACAAGCAUCUCUUGCACUUCAGAUUUCAUACCCGUCUGCUCUGUACCGGGAUUGGGAAAGCUCAUGCUUUUCAUUUUAAAGAGGUUGUUUUGGAGUUUGGGUUUGUUUUGGUUUGGGUUGGUUGUUUUGUUUUGUUUUUUUUUUUAAUCGUUAUUCAUUCAUACUUCACUAUGAUUGCAAAUUGAGCUUUAUAAGCUCAUUAGACAAACAGUAACGUUUGUAAAGGUGUUGUACAGCCGUGUCCCUCCCCCUUCCACAGUGGGAAAGCUUCGGUGCUGUGGUUGGUUGUCAUGUUUGCAGCCUCCACCUUAGUCAGGCAAAGCAGGGACCAAAGACGAGUUUGCUGGGGAAGAUGCCACCGAGAUGCCAUGGCUGUAGCUGCAGAAGUGAGGUCCCUCAGCACGUUGUCAAAUGAUUAUGAAUAUCACCUGGGUACCUCUUCUUUAAUGGACUUGAGGUCUUGCUGCAAGGUGAAGCAGUACCGUAUCUCCCAUUUAACAUUUCACACAUUAGAAAGCAUUUCUAGGUCAUUUUUAUUACUAAGAAAAUGUUGGGUUGGUUACUUUUUUUUUUUCUUCCCACCUGAAGUUCUUACAGAAAGUUUGUGACUUCAGUACUGAGACAUUUUAAGCAUCAAGACUAUUGUGUAUGAUUUCCUAGAUUUGUAGCAAC